UCCAAAUUAAAUCAUCCAAACUCCAAUUAUUGAGCGGCAAAAUCCCCAAAAAGCCCUUCCGUCCUCAACCCACGUUCUUCUUCUCGCAGCAAGGCACAUAAACCCGACCGUCGAUGCCAGAGCUCAACCAUUUCUUUACAGAGUCAAGAUGUGUAACGGUCACCAUAGAUCCCUGUCACCGAGCCACCGACUAAGCCCCUCGCGGAACCGGCGUUCGGCAAACGACAACGUAUUGGUGGUCGAAGAUCUGCGAGGCCGGCUCGCCGAGACCGAGGCUCGGCUCGAGCGCGCCAGGGCCCGUGAAGCGGAGCUCAGCCGACGACUUGAGGAGAUGAAGCGAUUCGUCUCCGUUAUGGAGAUCCUCGAGACCUAUCUCAAGCGCCGGUUCCGCGAGCAGCGAGAAAGCGUGGCUUCCCUCUUUUCUUCCUUUCCAGCAAAGUAGGAAUUCCUGGCCGGUGAUUUUAACCGACACACUUGUCUAUACAGUCCCCUCUUCUUCUUCUUUUUUUAUUUUUUUUUGCUAUUCUUACCUGUGUGAAGCUAAAUGGUUCCUGUUCCUUGUUUAUCUUUGAUAGUGUUUACAAGAAUCAUAAAAGAAUGUUAAGCAAACGCUGUAAUUCAUGUUUUAGAAAAUUGCUUUUGAUGAUUCUCAGGGCAGUUUCGAGAUUAAUUUUAUUUUCUUUUUUCAAAAUUCAGUAUCUCCUCAUUUAUCGAGGUAUGCCAAUACCAAAAAUCUCUAUCGAUUGAUCUCCUGGGCAGCUUGUCUAUCUUCUGCAGAGGCAUAGGUUAUGUGGGAAAAUUCCUAAUAUGUGUUGUCAUAUAUAUUCUAUACGUCAGUCCAAGAUCUUGUUUGGUGUAAUUUUCUCAGUUUCAUAUAUAAAAGAAGUACUUAACGUUGGUACUUCUUGUAACUGAUUUGUGGAAUUCCAGAAGGGAAAUCUUGUAGAUUUAUGCUAGACAGAGGGUUUACUUUUUCAGAGU